AUGUCAACAUCUAAGCAUGAAUCUAUGUCAUCAUUAUCGGCGAAUCCUACUGAUAGCCAUUUUGUUGAUGAGAGAAGCGAAUCAUUAACUUCACUCAAUAUCAAAGCUGACCUUCCAUUAAGUGACAGUAGCGAUGAGACAGAAAAUUCUGCUAUGAAAAUACUUGACAAUCUGAUCGAACAGUUGCCAAAAAGUCCAUCAGUUAUCACGAAAAAGAAUCGAAUGUCCGUUGUGAGCGACUUGAACUAUGACCAGCCACAUAUCAACGUAGUAAAAUUUGACGCAAAUGUGCAUCAACAAGCUGAAAUUGAGGCAGAAUACGAUCGUAAGCUGAUCCGGAAUCUUUCAUCACUUUUUAUCCAAUAA